GACAGAUCACAUGACAAGCACCGAGAAGCAGGGAGAAACAUGGCCGUCUCCGGUGUGUUUAAAGCGGGUCUGUUCAACCACAAAGUGGCGGUGGUAACGGGAGGAGGCACCGGAAUCGGUAAAGCCAUCUCCUCUGACCUGCUGAAGCUGGGUUGUAACGUGGUGAUCUCCAGUAGGAAGUUGGAGAGGCUGGAGGCUGCAGCUGAAGAGCUGAGACAGAGUAUCCCUGAGUCUAGUCCUGCAUCUGUCACCCCUAUAGUCUGUAACAUACGCAACGAGGAGGAGGUGAAGUCUCUGGUGGGGUCAGUGUUGCAGCAGUAUGGUCGGAUAGACUACCUGGUAAAUAACGGUGGAGGUCAGUUCAGCAGCCCAGCAGAACACACCUCAUCUAAGGGGUGGAAGGCUGUCAUAGACACCAACCUCACAGGAACCUUCCACUGCUGCAAGGAAGUGUAUGCUGCAUGGAUGAAGGAGAACGGAGGAGUGAUCGUCAACAUCAUCGCUGAUAUGUGGAAGGGCUUCCCAGGCAUGGCUCAUACCGGAGCAGCGCGGGCCGCUGUAGACAACCUAACUAAGACUCUGGCCAUCGAAUGGGCCGUGUCUGGAGUCAGAGUCAACGCCAUAGCACCGGGUACCAUCAUCUCCAAGACAGCCGUUGAGAACUAUAAGGAGUUUGGACCAACACUGUUUAAGCUGUCUAUUCCCUUCAGCCCUGCUAAAAGACUGGGAGUCCCAGAGGAGAUCUCUCCAGCAGUGUGCUUCCUCCUGUCUCCUGGUGCCUCUUAUAUCUCUGGAGCCACUCUGAGGGUGGACGCUGGACAGAGUCUUUACCACUCUAUGUGGGAAAUACCAGAUCACAGUGCGUGGCCUGCGGCCCCAGAGGGAGAGAAUCUAGACACUCUGAAAGAGCUGCUGAAACCCAAGGCCAGGCUCUAACUAUCACUACGGAAACAAGGUCAUCGCUAUGGAAACAACCCAGAACCGCGGUGACCAGCCCAUCUCAACGGACGGAUGGACGGGUGUAUGAUUGUAGACAGACAGUAGAUGUUUAGAGAAUUGUUUUUGAGAACGCUGAUCAGAAUGCUAUCAAUAUGAAUUAAUGGAAGGAUUAGUGUCACUAUAGAGGAUGACCUCUACAUAUGUCUCCUCUCGUCCUGUCAGCGUGACCCUGUGUGACCCUGUAUCGCCCUGUGUGACCCUGUAUCGCCCUGUGUGACCCCGUAUCACCCUGUGUGACCCCGUAUCGCCCUGUGUGACCCCGUAUCGCCCUGUGUGACCCCGUAUCGCCCUGUGUGACCCUGUAUCGCCCUGUGUGACCCUGUAUCGCCCUGUGUGACCCCGUAUCACCCUGUGUGACCCUGUAUCGCCCUGUGUGACCCCGUAUCGCCCUGUGUGACCCCGUACCGCCCUGUGUGACC